AACAAUCACCUGUCAAUUGAACUGGUUGACAACUUUCACUGUCAAUAGGUAUCACAUUGAAGGAAAAUAAAUAAUUGUAUUCACAGGACGCAUAGCAGUGCAGUCCGCAGCCACACCGUGCUGGCUUGCGUAUAUAAUGGAAGUUAAGGUUUUUUUAUUUCUUUGCUUGAUUUAUUGAAUGAAAAAGCAGCCUGCUGCCUUCUGGUCUAGAGGCUUGCGUCAACGUCACUUGCGUGCGUACAUGAAAUGAAAUGGCGCAGUUUUUGAUUUGUUUGACUGCAUGAUCUGUUAUUCUAUGCUAUUCAACGCUAUUUUCGUUAAAAAUUACGCUGUGUUCCAGUUUAUAACAAAUAUUAUUUGAUUUCCCUCGUGAAUAGAAAUCUGCACGAAUACUUUAUUACGAUAAAAAUGCAAGACGAUAAAAACGCUAUAUUUCAGAUGCGUUUUCCUCAAAAGUUAUGGUAUUUGCUGAACAUGCAUACGGAAGCGAUUCUCUGGGGAGGCACCGGACGCACAAUCUUAUUGAACUAUCGUAUUCUUCAUUACUAUCUGCAAUGUGACCAUUCUAUAUUCAAAACUACCAAUAUAUCUAGUUUCGUGAGACAAUUGAAUUUAUACGGAUUUCGAAAAGUAACAUCUCAUCUUCAAGAUCCUCUUUGUAACUCUAGUAAUCCUUACAUGCACGAAUAUGUACAUGAUUAUUUUCAGUAUGGUAGACCAGAAAUGUUGAAUAAAAUUACUAGAAAAGCCUUGGCUAUCAGAAAGACUUACAAAACAAAGGGCAAUGCAGAUCAAAUGCUGUUUUUGACACCUCUUCAAAAAGCUCGACGCGCUUUCCAUGAAGCUCUGAAAAAAGCAACUCAAGAUUUGUUCAUGCAAAGCUCUUCAAAACAACUUUGUAAUCUGGAAUCCGAAGACGGGCAAGAAGAUUACUGUGAAGAUGAAGAGACAAUUGAAUUUGAUUGGUUUGGUACUAACAAUUCCAAUAAACACCCUGAUCAACCUCUCCCACAAACAGGUUCACCCCAAUUCCUUCUCAAUAUUAUCCCUCUAAUUUCCCAAUUCAUUUAUUCACUCUCCUUUUCCUCCGUACAGCCAAUGAAGACUCUUCUCAAGAAUAUACUGCUAACACUAUGGAAUCCGGCACAGGAAACCAUGAUGAACUUCAAUGAUGAGCCGUGUCAACAAAGCCAGGAGAAUGAUAAUUUUCCUAUUCAGUUUUUGAGCAUGCCUGAAUUAGAUGCUGAGCCCCCAGAAACCAAACCUGGGGUUGAAUUGCUGGCAGAGUUUGAUAUUGACCAUGAUGUGGAUGAAGGUAUUGUAAGAAAGGCAGCUGGGAAACAGAAUGAACACAUCUCUUUGAACUGUGUUCUUCCCUCUAUAAGCAAUGAUCCAAAUGAUGAUGUUGCUACUAACGAGAGGAUGAAUGAUGAUUCUGAUCACUACCAUGGUGAAUGGGAUCAAAUGUUUAAUGACUUUAUGACUAACAAGGAACCUAAUCAAGAAUGUGGGUCAGACUUGAAAGAACUUUAUUCUCAGAUAUCAAGAACCAUAGACCUACUCAAUUCUUAGUUAUGUUAAAUAAAAUGAAAUUGAUAUUAUUUAAAAAAAUGUAUUCCUUAUGCCAUGUUAUUUAAGUGUAGAAAUAAAAUAUAAUACACAAUACUAU